AUGUUGCCAACAGAGGAAAAAUUCAACCGGGUGGAGGAGCUGAAGGACCGGCUGGAACGCAGCACGAUCACAUUUGGCGCAGACUACACUCGCACCACGGUUAACCAGAUGACAGAACUGCGGCGCGCCAUGCGAGCCGGGGGUAUCGAGUUUACGGUGGUCAAGAACACCCUGAUGUACCUUGCCGCGGACCAAGCCGGAAUGCCCCAGGUAAAGGAGUUCGUUCAGGGGCCCACCGCCGUUGCAUUCGGCUACGACGACCCGGCUGCGGCCGCCAAGACGAUUUCUGACUACGCCCGGGCCAACGCCAAUACCUUCACUAUUCGCGGGGCAGUAAUGGGCGAGGGAACCGCCCUCGGUACGGACGGAGUCGCCCGCCUGGCAACCUUGCCCCCCAAGCCUCAGAUGCUUGCCAUUCUGCUCGCCCAAAUGCAGGCGCCCAUGUCUCGGCUGGUCGGGGCUCUCAAUGGACCAGUUCAAAGCCUCGACAACGUCCUGCGCGCACGAAUGAGCCAGCUGGAAAACGAGUAA